UUAUUGAAGCUGUUGGGGUGGGGGCUGAGUGCCGGAAGCCGGAAUUGUAGCUCCAAGCAAGAGUAACCAUACAACGGCAAGACCUGCGACAUCGCUUGGGAAAGCACAACAACGUGACUCAUAGAUUCACCACUUGGCAGAAAUACCACAAUUGCGGGUGCACUCCAAAGGCAAAUAUUUCAGAAUCUGAAUCCAAGCUGUUGAGAAGAUGGAUGGUUCAAUAAGUGUUGUUACCAAUCCCUCCGUUAAUGUGCGCCUUACAACCACCAUCUCCUCCUUCGAGGUGAAGAGGAGGUUUGAUAGAGGGAUCACCAUUGCAGAACUGAAGGGAAAACUUGAGAUGGUGGUGGGCGCCCCUGCCUCGAACAUGGAUCUGGAGUUGUACAGCACGUCGGACAAGUUAUUACAGAAGUUGGACGAUGACAACGCUUUGCUGGGCUCUUAUCCCGUGGAUGAUGACUGUAGAAUACAUGUUAUUGAUCAAAGUGGGGGGCAGUUAGGAGAGUUUACUGAUGUCAGCAAAGUGGAAAAGUUUGUUCUGUCGGACGAGGCUUAUGAAAAGAGAUCAGAGUCAGCAAGGUCCUUCAUGAAGAAGCAGUGCCUGGGCCGUUACAAUGAGGAGGAAUGGGCCAAGAAGAAAGCCAACAGCAUUGCUCGGGAGGAGGAGCAGAAGGCGGCUGCUGAUGCCAUUUCCGUGGGCAGCCGAUGUCAAGUGCAAGUACCUGGGCAGCCCACAAAGCUUGGCACGGUCAUGUAUGUUGGCACGACAGAUUUCAAGCCAGGCCACUGGGUGGGUGUGAAAUAUGACGAGCCACUAGGAAAAAAUGAUGGCAGUUGCGCUGGCAAGCGCUACUUCGAAUGCGAGAAGAACUACGGGGUGUUUGUGAAGCCCCUGAAUGUGACUGUGGGGGACUUUCCAGAAGAGGAUUACGGUUUAGAUGAAAUGUAGGACUGCAAGAUUUGAGAUGAUAGAACUUGUCGAUUUGGCUUUUUUCAAGAAGCCAUGAACCACAAAGAGUGACAUUUGAGUUGGCAAGGUUUUUUUUUUUUUUAGGUUUGAACUCCCUCAUGUUCAUUUCAAUGCAGCAGAAAUAAUGGAUGCCUAUACUGUACAUUCUUGAUUCUGCAGGAUGUGGUUGCACAUGGGAUUUUCAUUUGACUCCUGUGUGCACUUCAACAGUACCUUUUAAACACUAACCUAUCUUUAAUAUCCUUUUCUUCAUACCAGUGUGUGUCUAAACCAUGUCCUUUAUGUACAGUAUAUGCAAAUGUGCAUGCACCAAAGGAAGAUAUUCCUUUCCAAACAAGGUUUGUGUGUGUGGGUCUGUGUAAUUUGGCAUACAUCAGCUUCCCAUGUAGAUACAUUCUGUAUGUCUUCUUAUUUUUAUAUUAAUGAAUUCCUCUCAUUGAAAAUGUUUGCACUCUCAA